AUGGAACCAGAGCUGUCCCCUGCUGCUCUCCUUGAGGCUAUCACAGCCCUCCAUGCCACAGUCAGGUCCUUGCAGGACCAAAUCCACAAUCAAGGCCAACAGCUUGAAGAACUUAAGGCCAUAUGCAAGGAAACCGCUGACCUUGUCAGCAACAAAGAUCAAGGAGGCACCCAAGCCCAGCCUGGCCCAUUGACUGGGCCUAUCACCCCUCCUACCCAAUUGGGGGGAGAAGCAAACACUCCAGGAACUACCGUCAAGGGGAACAGGUUACAAUUCAGAAGAGGAAGAGGAACUCAGAAGGGCUCCCAAAAAGAGCCUUGCAAUACGCCUAGGAGCCUCAGCUCCCUUACCCCCUUUGAUUCAGGGUCCUCCAUUAAACAACCCAAGAUGGAGCUACCGGACCCCUACAAAGGGGACACCAGAGGAUGCAAGGCCACCCAGUGGCUAGACAGGAUGCUCCUUUGGGUAGCCCUCCAUUGUGACCAAUUCAACAAGGAGGAACAAAUGGUUGUGUGGAUCCUCUACCACAUGACUGAUAAGGCUGCUGAUUGGGUGCUCCCCAUCAUAGGGGCUAUUAUCAAGGGCAAAGGGAACCCUCCUACCACCAUCCUGGCCUUAAUGUCCAGAUUCAAGGAGGCAUUUGCCAACCCCAAUGCCAAAAGGGCGGCUGCCAGAAAAAUUGCCACGCUGACUCAGACAACAACCACAUCUGAGUACUCCACCAAGUUCUGCAACCUUAUGGCGGAACUGGACUGGAACAAGGAGGUGUACAUUGCCCAGUUCACGCGUGGCUUCCAUUGGAAGGUCAAGGAGCUCCUGUCCACUAAGGACAACAUUCCCAAUGACUUGGAGGCUAUCAUUGCCGCCUCCAUCAAGAUCAACAACACUUGCCAGGAGAAUGAGGAGAAUCAGCCAAAAAAGCAGCCUGCCAAGUCCCUGGCUACUGUGGCCACUUCCACUUCCACCACCACCCAAUGGGUCCACCUAUUGGAGGAUCCCAACUACAUCACACCAGAGGAAAGGGACCACUGCUGCACAUCAGGGCUUUGCGUGAAGUGUGGCCAAAAAGGGCAUGGCAUCAAACAGUGCCCUAAUGGAUGGAAGGCAACACUCAAGGAAGUUGCCAAGUUUGCUAAGGUGUUUGGAGAAGAAGAGUUCAAGGUACUUUCACCCCAUAGGGAAUAUGACAUUGCCAUUGACCUUUUUCCUGAUGCCAAACUCUCCCCUGGCCCAAUCUAUGGCAUGACUGAUGCGGAAUCCAAGGCGCUUAAACAACAUAUUGACAAAGAGCUAAAAACAGGCAAGAUCCGCCCUAGUACCUCCUCAGCAGGCACCCCAGUCAUGUUUGUGAAAAAGGCUGAUGGUUCUCUAAGGCUGGUUGUGGAUUAUCAAAAGCUCAACAAAGUAACCCACAAGAACAUGUACCCACUCCCAAGACAGGACAACCUCAUGGCAAAACUAAGACAUGCCAAGAUGUUGUUAUAG